AUGGAUGUCAAGCCAAACAAUGCCCCAGUGUUUAAUCGAGUGAUUACAGAUGUUCUGCUUGUCCUCAUGUUUAUUGUUCAACAUCGCUUGAUGGCAACAAGGGCUUAUAAAGAAUUAUUUAUGUCGUUUGGGGAUGUGGCACUGGCGUUGGAGCGCCUUGUUUACAAUCUGACUUCAGCUGUCUCAUUACAGGUAAUGAUAUCAUGGUGGCAACCUAUUCCAGACUACUCACUUUGGGAGCUGGAGACAAACCAAGGGGGAUUACUCUGGCUGUUUUUUUUUUGCCUUCACGCCAUCCUCUGGUUAUGCCUGAUUUUCCUAGCAAUGAGUUUCGACCCUCUAGAAUUUCUUGGUUUGAAGCAGGUGUGGUACCAGCUGAACGGGUGGAGACAUCCCCUGUUCUACACCAACAAGUACCUGCGGCGUCUCUACUCUAAACUGCGUCACCCAGGAAUGAUCUGCUUCUUGAGCCUCCUCUGGCUUCACCCAGUCAUGAGCCUGGAUAGGUGUUUGUUAGCCGCUGCCCUCGUUGUCUUUGUGAUCAGUGGACCUGGGGUGAUGGACGGAGAAUACAUGUACAUAAAUCAGACUGUGAAGAACCUGAAUGUGCCCAACAGUCACUGAAAACUCCAAAUGUCCAAAUCUCACACUGAACUGGUUGAUUUUUUUGAAGGUCACUCUGAAUGAAGUGAAAAGUUGACAGCACAAAGGUUUGACAUCAAGGGUAUGGAUGGAUUUGGUAGGCUAUCACCUCCCAGUACCCUACAGAUUUUCUUACAUCCUCCUCUC